AUGAGAGAGACGGGCAAUGAAACUAAACUGGAAUACCUUAAACGUAUUUACACCGACCCUUCGCACCCGGCCAGUUUCGGUGGGCGGCAACGAUUGAAAAGGGAAGCAGACAGAGAAGGAAAAUUCCAUAUCAGCAAUAAAGAAAUAGUUGAGUUUUUAGAAUCACAGGAUACUUACAGCACGACCAGGAGAGUUCACAGGCGGUUCAAAAGAAACAGAAUAAGAGUGAGCGGUAUUCACAUGCAAUAUGAUAUGGAUUUAUGCGACAUGAUGAAAAUGAGGCGCUUCCGGUACAACAAGGGAACCAGAUAUCUUCUCACUGUCAUUGAUGUAUUUAGCAGGUAUGCAUUCGUAAGGCCUCUGCGCUCUAAGACAGGACAAGCAGUGGCCAGUGCUCUAGAAGACAUUCUGACCUCGGGCCCGAAACCGGCUCGUUGCAGAUCGGACAGGGGCAUGGAGUUCCGAUGCAAGCCCGUGACAGACCUUCUAAUGCGCCUAGGGAUUAAACAGUAUUUCAGUGCGUCCGCCUUGAAGUGUCAGCCUGUGGAGCGUUUUAAUCAAACUCUGAAAGGCGCUAUAUACAAGUGGUGCUACGAGAACAGAUCGUUCUCGUAUGUUCCUGUGCUGGAAAUGUUGGUGCACAGUUACAAUCACCGCGUGCAUUCAUCACUAUUUGGACUCAGUCCAAGCGAGGUUUCAGAGUCAAACCAAGCGAGGCUCUGGAAUUUGAUGUACGUAGAAAAUGCUAGUAGCAGUAAGAGUGGUGAGCGGCGAAAAGUCAGAUUGUUUAAAUACAGUGUAGGAGAUCUGGUAAGGGUCAGCUUGGCUAAGCGUACAUUUGAAAGAUCUUACAACCAAAAAUUCACAUCUCAGAUCUACAGAAUACGAGGGCGGGUCUACCGUGAUAACUUGCCAGUGUAUUAUCUGAUGGACCUCGAAGAAAAACCAAUAGAAUCAACUUAUUAUGAAGCGGAACUGCAACGAGUGCGGAAGAAUCUUGACAACAUACAGGAAUGGGAAAUUGAAAAAAUACUCAAGACGAAAAAAUCAGGAAAGGGGCAGUUGGUGCUAGUUCGAUACCGCGGCCUUGGACCAAGCUUCGACAGGUGGAUAUUGAAGUCUUCAAUAAGCAGUAAUCGUAAAUGA